CCACCGACAACAGGUGAUACACGCAGGAGGAAGCGGCAAAGAGUGGACCUUGCGCAAAGCCAAGUAUUCCCUAAUCGAAGAGAAGAAUAUAUGCCUAAACUCGACGAAUUUUGGGAUAGCUAUGACUUUAGUUUUACUAUUCCUGGAGGCAAUGAUUCACACGAAUCCCCUGCUUCGAUCGACAGCGGUGUUGGCAUAAACGUGCCUACAGGUAUAAAUAUACCACCUGGGACAUCACCGAACGAUAUUUUAGCUGGCAGACUACCCAUUUUACCACUGAGUGCCGAUGAGAACACAGACAGAGCCUAUAUGCUAUCCUCUUCUGUGGGAUCAUCUAAUUUGGGGGAUCAAUCUGCUGCCAGCGCCCCCUCAGAUACCUUGAUGCAUCAAAUAACGGAGUCUAUGCCCAUGCCGGUUGAAGAUUCAGAAAAUAGCAACAAACCUGAUAUGGCUCAUGAGGUAGGCAAGUUUGCACAAUUCUCAAAAUAUGCCAACAGCAGUAUCUGGAAUAGAGUGUGGGGGCCGGGCCAGGUCAAACCGCCAGGCCUUGAAGAGUGAUAGGUGGUUUCACGGAUACUCUGGAUUAUGAGAUACAGAAAAUAUGGCGUUGCUUUGUUCUAGAAUAGCGUUAUUUUUGGCUUCUUUCGUUAAUUAGAGACCCUGAGAAAAGUGAAAUUACGUGUUUUGGGCUGCAACUACCUUGAUUCAACCUGGGUACACAUGGGAGAUCAAUGCUGAAGAAGAUGACGGGAUAAUUUACAGUUUAUGAGAUUCUCUUUC